UGUCUGGAAUCUGAGAAAAUCGACUGAUGAGUAAUUGAGGCUGCGUACUGAUUCCUGUGGGAGACUCGUGAAAUUCUUGUGUUUCAAGCAAGAUGCAAAGCUGCAGCUGCAAUGUAUGUGUGGUUUUCCCAAAUACAGAUGUACAGAUCCUAUGCACAUGACUAUGAUGCAAAUGGAAGUUCGGUAAGUUUAGCAGGCUGCUCAGCCAAGCUGGCCCUGGCUCAGGAUUCAAGACGUGAGAUGUGACAGUUUCCAUUGCCACUUGUAUUGCUGCUAGUAUCACUUACAUAUGGGGGAAAAGAACAAGAUGUGAAAAUAGAAGUGCUAAGCUUCGAAUUCAGAUCCUCAUACCAUGAUGCACCUUUGCCCCAUCUUUCAGCUUCUCUAAUUCUGGUGGAUUCCUUUUAAAUACUGCUUUGUCAGCCGCUGGCUGGAUCGUGAUGAUUAUCGCAAGUUGUGACGGUUAGGUGAGGAUCAUGGCGGCAUGGCCUAUCUUUACACCCAGACUAUACUGGAUCAUACCCAAGGUGGUUGAAAUGUCGCUUUAUGACUACUAGGUUCCGCCACUGAAUUGUUCGAGUGCGUUGUAUCGAUGACAGGUCAUGGUUUUGUUAUUUUCUGACCAAGAAAAGGUGGUUUGCCAGAUAGGAAAAUUAUUGGACAGAGAUUGUUUUUUUUUCUUCUUUUGACCUGUCAAAAUAGAAUCAUUGUAGAAGACUGCACUUCCUCCAGAGAAGAGAAUUAUAGUGAUCCAUUUCAAGCAGAAGGGGUUGAGGUGCGGGUAGAGUAACCAGGGUAAGCAUGGCGGAGAAGCUGACGCCAGAGCAGCUCGACGAGUGCAAGGAAAUCUUCGACCUGUUCGACGCCGACGAGGACGAUCACAUCGCCACCGGCGAGCUCGUGACGGCGCUGCGCUCCCUGGGCCAGAACGUCGACGAGGCCGAGGCGCGGCGCUUCCUCGAGGACGCGGGCGUCCCCGGAGGCGCCGGAACCAUCGACCUCGCGGCGUUCCUGGCCGUCGCGGCGCGCAAGAUGGGCGCCAAGCAGUCGGAGGAGCGCCUCGCGGAGUGCUUCGACGUGUUCGACGACGCGCGGAGCGGAUCGAUCCCCGCGGAGCAGCUGCGGCAGGCGAUGGUGAGCCACGGCGACCGGCUGACGGAGGAGGAGGCCGACGCGAUGGUCCGCGAGGCGGACCCGCGCGGCGAGGGCCGCGUCGACUACAGGGAGUACGUCAAGGUGCUGAUGAAGAACAAGUGAUCCGAUUCGUCACCAGGAUGGAGCCUUCUCCAUGAAUUAUGUGUCGCGUCACAGGGUCAGUGUGGCUGAAUUUUGACAGCAUCAGUUUUCAGUGUCUACCAUUUCCUCCGGAUCAAAA